AUGUCUCGCUCCUCAAGUAGAAUAGUUGUUUCAAUACUCACUUUGAAUUCACUUUUACAAAUAUAUGAAACAUAACCCUUUGAAUUUAAUGAUUCUAACUUGAUGAUGUAGCAUCCUUAAUUAACUUCCAUAAUUCCCACAAAUAAAGUGAUAAACUUGUCUAUAGGAAUAUCAAUUUUAUUCUUGAUAGAUUGGAAAAAUAAAAUUGAUAUCCUUACUUCAUUAUUCUUUGGAAUUUCAAUUAUAAUGCAAAAUUUCAACAUUCUACUACCAAAAACAUUAAACAUAAUUCAAAUCUAUUUUUAGUUAUUGUUUAUCAUAUAGCAAAUUUUCUUUUAAACAAAAUAACUCUAUCUGUAUAUUAAAUCUCUAGAGUCUAAUAAAAAUGCAAAUAAUAUUACAAAAAUCAAUUAUUCUAAUUAAAGAAAGCUUCCUAAAGUCUCUAAAAAAGCCCAAAAGAUACAAUUAAAACUAGCAAAUAAGGAGAUCAAUGAAAAUUAAACUACAAUUACUUAGGAUAAAGUGUGUGUAGAACCUGCUCCUGUAAAAAAUGAAUAAAAAGAAGAAUAAAUUAAUUAAUUAAUUCCAGAACAACAUAUUAGUGAAGCAGAUGCAGAAACUGAAAAUUAAUGUGAAAUUAGCCAUUCAGAUUUUUCAUAAAUAUCUUCGUUUAAAGAAGAUUAAAUGUUAUAAAUCUAAUUGAAAAUUAAUGGCUAAAAUUAGCUUUUUUGCUGCACUUUUGAAACCUUUGACACUAUAACUCAAAUGCUUUCUAGCACAUUUACAAAUAAUCAGAUAAUUUAAAUAAAAAUUCACAUAAUCCUAAAUCUUUAUGAUGAAAAUUAAGAUUGUAGUUCAAAGUUGUGGUGUAUCAAAAAAUUAUUAGCACUUUAAUUAUGAAUAUAGAUGUAAUUUCUUAUACAUUUUUAUUUUCUCAUCAAAAAA